CUGGGGGAUCACUUAGGGACACUGGCUUCCUAGCAUGCCUUUUCCCUCCUAUCUAUCUUCCUUGGUUUCCGAAAGUGCACUGAACAGUUGAAGCAGGACAGAGUUUGGGAACCUGGAGAAGAAAGGCACUGAAGUUUGGGAAUCUCCGUAGAAGGAAUCUCAGAAGUCAAGAAAAACAGUGACAGAAAAACAGACAUCAAUGGCUUUAGCAGUCUUGACCAACAUAAAGGAAGAGGUGACCUGCCCCAUCUGUCUGGAGCUCAUGAUAGAACCCAUGAGCAUAGACUGUGGACACAGCUUCUGCCAAGCCUGUAUCACAUCAAAUGAUGAUUCUACCAUAGGCCCAAGAGGGGAGACCAACUGUCCUGUGUGUCGAAUCCCUUACACCGUUGAGAACCUCCGGCCUAAUAGACAUGUGGCCAACAUAGUGCACAGUCUCAAGGAGGCUAGGUUGAUCCUAGAGGAAGAGAAUGUGCAUCACUGCGCAGAGCAUGGUGUGAAACUCCAGCUUUUCUGUAAGGAUGAUGGGAAGGUGAUUUGCUGGCUUUGUGAGAGAUCUUUACAGCACCGUGGUCACCACACAUACCUCUUAGAGGAGGUUGCCCAGGAGUACCAGAACAAGCUCCUGGUAGCUGUGAAGAAGAUGAAGAAGAAGAAGGAAGAAUCUGAGAAGUGGAAAGCUGAACUCCAAGAAGAGAAAAUUUUAUGGAAGAAGCACAUACAGGUCAAGAGAGAAAACGUUUGGGCAAAGUUUGAAAAACUGAGAGGCAUCUUGGCUUCGGAGGAGGCAAAAGAGCUGCAAAGGCUGAAAGAAGAUGAUGAAAAUGUUUUGAAUAGUCUGGAAAAGUCUGAAAAUGAACUGGCCCAGAGAAAUGAGUUGGUAACAGAGCUCAUCUCAGAGCUAGAGCAUCGGUUACAUGGAUCAAGGAUGGAGAUGCUGCAGGAUGUUAAUGAAAUCACAAAAAGAUGUGAUAUCUUGACAAUGGAGAAGCCAAUAACUUUCCCCAAGGAAGAACGGAGAUUGUACCAAGCUCCCGACCUGACAGGAAUGCUGCAAGAGUUUCAAGAGCUGACAGAUGCCCACCGUUAUUGGGUUCAUGUGACAAUAAAUGAGAACAAUCAUCGGGAAAUGGUCAUUUCUAAAGAUCAGAGACAGAUAAGAUAUAAAGAACACUAUUAUUUUUCAGACUCACGAGGUUUCCAUGUAGGUCAACUUUACUCACCUGGGGCCCUGGGGCUCCCUUUGAUCACAUCAGGGAAACAUUACUGGGAAGUAGAUUUGUCUAAGAAAGCAUCCUGGCUCCUGGGGUUAAGUGAUGGAAGACACUUUACUGGGCCUAAUAAAUCAUCCUGCUGCAUGGGGUUACAAAGUGUUCAAUACUUCUCUUCCGUGGCAAAAUUUAACAUUGAGAAAGAAAAACAUUAUCAACGCAAAAAUGGCUACUGGAUUAUUGGGAUGGAAAACAAAUAUGAAUAUAUGGCUUUUGAGCCAAGUCCUACUACCUAUAAUUCCUUAACCUCGAAGUUCUUCCCACCUACUCCUUUGAAGCGUGUUGGGGUUUUUCUAGAUUAUGAAGCUGGCACGGUCUCAUUUUAUAAUGUUACAUACCAUGGGCUUCUAAUCUAUAAAUUCACCAAGUGUUGCUUUACCACUGAAGUCUUUCCAUAUUUCAACCCUUUACAAUGUUCAGAACCCAUGAUGCUAUGCUGAUCAAACUCUGUGCAUGGCCCCUGGCCCUCUUGUGUAUUUUAUGCAUCUGAGCCCUUAGCUACACUUGAACCGUCUUUUCCUCCCAACUCCAGUCUAUUUGAUGCAAAGUCCUUCACUCAUAAAUGGUAUGUACAUCUUUCCUUGUGCUAUAUUCUUCCUGAUAUCUUGCUUGCUUGCAAGACAGUCUUAUACCAUCACUCCUAAUAGUCCCAAGGAGAAAUGACUGAAUUCUCAUUCAGGAAGAGCUGUAUUGAUGGAAUACCCCUUUCAAUUCUGUACAGCCCCUUUUCUCUCUGCUACUGACAGAAGAUGGAGAAUUGUUUCUGCUUUUGCAGACUAUGUAUAGGAGUCACUCCCUAAGGAGUAAGCCCUUAGCAGUGUCUUAGCUUUACCCUGGUACUUCUUAUUAAUCAAGAAGCUAAGAAGAAAGUGUCAAAAUAGGCAGCUGGGUUUAAUUUAGUCAAAUCUCAUAUUUAGGCCAAAGUUACUGCCAUCAAGUAUUGUCCAGAUCUGAUAAGUACCUGGCUCAUGUUUUUUUCUUUUCUACAUUUAGAUUUUUUUGUAAUCCUAAUAUAGCCACUUAUUGAUCCCUAUCAACUAAACUACAUUGUAUUCAGAUGACCAUUUGUAUAAAAAAAUACUGAUAGCAGUAAUGAUGAAAAAGCUUAAUUUAUGCAGUAUGGUAAAAAUUUUAAAAAAGAGAAUGUUCUUUGUCUGGCAUAGAAGGAAGUAACUCAAAUAUGAUGUCUAUUAAUUUUUGUCUUUUGUUCACUUUCAUUAAGCUAAACAUUAAAAAUGUCUAACAGUUCA